GUCAGGCAACCGCGGUAAACUUUCACGUGAUCCGCAGUCUGCAACAAUUGCUGCUUGCAAGACAGCCUAAGAGCUUCAAGCAGAUGUUCGCGCGUAUUGGCUCUUUACGCUGUAUUCAUCGGCCGGUCUGUACGAAGGCUUUUAGCAGCUCAAGUACAAAUUUAUGUUAAUGCGCGAAGAAGUCUUUGGGCACAGGCUCAGAGGAAUGGACGCUUGACAGGAAUAAGUGAAUGAACGAACGUAUACGAUCCAUCAUCAAUCAUUUCAACCUCUUCCUUUCUCACUUCACACAUCAGUCACAAUGGGUCGCGUUCGUACAAAAACCACAAAGCGUGCUUCGCGCGUCAUCAUCGAGCGUUACUACCCUCGUUUGUCAGCCGCUGACUUCCACACCAACAAGAGAACCAUUGAUGAAAUCGCCAUCAUCCCAAGCAAGCGUCUCCGUAACAAGAUUGCCGGUUACGUUACUUACUUGAUGAAGCGUAUUCAAAAGGGACCUGUCCGUGGUAUCAGUUUCAAAUUGCAAGAAGAAGAACGUGAACGUAAGGAUCAAUACGUUCCCGAAGUCUCUGCUUUGGACGUUUCCGCUUUGGGUGGUUUGGAAGUUGAUGCCGACACCAAGGAGAUGUUGAACGCUGCUGGCUUUGACCGUUUGCCAGUCUCCGUUUCCGGACCAGUUGCUGCUUUCCAACAACCCGAAAGACAAAGACGCAACGUUCCAGGUGCUGGUCGUCGUUAAAUCUAAUGUUCACAAUGUGCACGAAAUAGACAUUCAAAAGUCUUUAAGCCUCCAUCGUGAGCAGCUAUGCGUUUGAUCGUCAACAAACGAUCAAACGUGUAUGCAUGUAUGAUACACAAACGCCUCUCGCAUCUUCAUUCACAGACCAUACAAACAUACAUACGUGUCGGUUCACAAUGUGCACCUAUCACGAGUACACACACAUGUACACAUUUCACUAUAAGCAUCAUGCC